UACAAAGUAAAAUAGUCCAUAAGUAAAAUGCUUAUUUUAACGCCUGCGGCAUAGUAUUGAAAGCUGAAAACAAUAAUUGUUUCGGAUUUACAAAAUUGGAGUGACUGGAACAAAAAGCAGCAGAAUAGAACAAAAACGUAACAAAUGGUCGUUCAGCGUCUGUGUGUUGCUUCGCGCUAAACGCAACUCGCGUGUUUCUGUUUUUUCGCGAGUUGUUUCAUUCACUCAUUUCGAGAUGGAUUUCCUCGAUAAUUCUCCGACUGAAGAUUUAAACAUAUUGAGCCAGGGAUCGUACAACCGACUCCUGCGAGACUUUCCCAUUACAGAGCAGUGGAGCGCCAUUCUAAACGAUGAUGAAGCUGAUCGAUUUCAAGACACCACAGUCGAAUACAGUCAUUUCGCAGUCAAUGAGGAACUACACCAUAUUGGUACUUCUGCUGGGGCAUACACGCAACUAAAGUGUCCUCCACGGCCCCCACUUCAUAUAGAGGAGCCAGAGCCAGCACCAAGCUCACCAGUAGUAAUUACUGAACCCUUUGAGGGCGAAUAUGGUUUCUUCAUUUCAUGCGGUGAGCAGGAGAAGAGGAAGAAAAGUACUCCUUGGGCUUAUGCCUCUGAACGAAGGAAGCUUUUCGUCAACAUAAACGUUGUGUGUCCAUUUCACGUUCAUGUCAAGAGAGAUCCACCCGCUGGGUCCACGCUCAGGGUCAUGGCAGUUUACGCACAGUCUAACUUUGCCAUGGACAUUGUUAAAUGUUGUCCACUACAUGGAGCUGCUGAUCGAGAAGGUGAUAAGCAUCUGAUCAGGUGUGAGAGUCCCUGGGGAGCCUACGUAGAAGAUCCUGUCACAAAUCGACACAGUGUGGUGUCCCCAUUCCUGAAGGCAGAAGUUGGGACAGCAUAUUCUGUGUACCUCUACCGCUUCAUGUGCCUUAGCUCCUGCUCCGGAGGAAUGAAUCGAAGACCCAUAAAGGUCGUCUUCACCUUGGAACAUGGAGGAAGCAUCCUGGGGAGGUUUUCAAUGGAUGUCAAAAUUUGUGCCUGCCCUGGGAGGGAUCGAGACAUUGAAGAUAAGAAGUUGAAGGGCAAAGGCACUAAUGAUGCUACAAACGAUCAGGUGAAAAGAGGUGCACCAGUAGAGGCAAAUUUUAUGUCUGUGGUUCCCACAAAGAGGACAAGGACAUCAGAUGAUGAGGACUACACUGUGAAGUGCAAUGACAAAAAUACUUACCAUCUGCUCACUGCAAUCAGAAAGUGGACGGAAGCAUUUAAAUGUGGUGACGAGCCCUCCUCAGGCAAUCAACCACCGCAGUCGCUUCCCCUACUGACCCAACUGGUAAAUGCAUCUCUGCAAGAGAAAAGUGGGACAUCACAAUCCUGUAAUGGCAGCGCCACGGAAAUGGAGAAAGCUUCCCAGACUUCCCCAACUGAUCCUUCUACGCUGGCUGCAGAUCUGGAGGAAGCAGUUCACUUGAAAAGCGAAGUGGAAACACAAAACGUGCACUCAAGAAGCACACCCAUUGAGGACUGGUUGGCCUCCCUGAACAUGUCGUCCUGCUGUCGAGAGCUGCAGGAGAAAGGCUACACAACCCUCGACUCUCUCAGGUCAAUGACCCUAGAGGAAGCAAAGAGGCUGAAGUUGACUCGUGAUGAGAAAAAUAAACUCUUCGGCAGUUUUCUGAGCGCCGAAAUUGAUGACAGCGACGAAGAGGAGUUUGUUUCCGUGAGCCAGCGUUGUAACGCAGGAUACAUUCCCACAUCGCAAGAAAGCAAUCCUGGAGGUUUGAGCCAGCACAGUCAUGCAUCAUCCUCAGGCAGUGCAAAAAGCUUCACAGUAACACACGUCCGAAUCAGAACACGCAUCAAGAAUGAGCACAACUACUCUUGAACUUCAUCGUGUGCAUAUAAUGUAUCUUCACCUGUCAUUUGGCACAGUUAUGUCAAAGUUUUGACAGCUUUCGAGUGAAAUGGAGAACUUGUAUAGGUUUUUUGACUCCUGGUUGAGAUUUGUUAAUAUUGUACAAAGUGAGACCGUAGACAGUGGGACUCUCGUUCUAGUGACCAUGAAAUGGCAGUUUUCUGCCACUCAGUGCUUCAGAUGUCGCCAAGCUGUGCCACAUACUGUAACUCUCAGUUAGUAACGUCAUACAUAGAGUCAGUGCAGGGUGAAUAUAGGCAUGUAAUAGUGUGUAACAGCAGAACAUAAGAAAGAUGGCACAGUGCAUUUCAGUUGAUUUGAUAUAUGUUUUUUAUUUUUGUAGUACGUGAAACAGUGGCAAUUUAGAAUUCCCAAAAUUUGGUGUCUAGUUUUUGUAAUUUAUAUUGUACUUGGUACUGUGAACUUUCACUUGCCAGGGCAACCUGGCUGCUGUUUGGUAUACUCUGCACAAUUUUUUUUUUUAAAUGUUUAUGAUACUCAGUGGACUUUCUGUGAAAUCUGGCCAGUUCAGUUGUUUUUAUGAUGAGCAUCGGAACAAACUUGAAGCGUGUAUACAUAUUAUUUCUCUGGCUUUCUUACUUUUUCUGUUGACUAUUUUUCAUGUAUGUGGCAUAUUGUCAUCUGUGGCAGUUCUGUGGCAGCAGCAUUGCUUUAUUCCAAUGGCUGUAUUCUAAUAAAUUAUGUAUAUGUUUUCA